GGCAGGCAGAGCGAGGCAGAGACGUCAACAGACGGCAGAAUUGCUUCAUCCUGAAUAACUGUCUCAAUAUUUCUUUGAUUCUCAAACGGUUAAGUUUGCCCUUUUGCAGAGGAUCAGCGCAUCGAAACGACUUUGCCUGGCAAAAUCAUAUUGAACUGCUUCUUGGAUAAUCUGCCAUUUCCCAGCAAUGCACGGCCGAGUGAAGCUGAAGUCUACAGCCCAGCAGGAGGAGGAGAAGAGGAAAGAGAGGGAGAAGAAGCUCAAGGUGUAUGUGGCAACACGGGAUGCCUGCUUCAACAAGAGAAAAGAUGGGGCAAUGGACGAUGAUGCACUGCAGCUGACCCAGCAGCUCUUGUCAGCUAACCCAGAUUUUGCUACGCUGUGGAACUACAGGAGGGAGAUUCUCAUGCACCUGGAGACAGUGAAAGAGGAGGAUGAUGUGCAGAAGCAGUACGAUGCCGAGCUGGUCUUCCUGGAGGGGUGCCUGCGUGUCAACCCCAAGUCGUAUGGCUGCUGGUACCACCGGGACUGGGUGUGUGGCCGGCAGCCACGGCCCAACUGGGCCCGGGAGCUCAGUCUCUGUGACGAGUGCCUGGCCCUUGACGACCGCAACUUCCACUGCUGGGAUUACCGCCGUAUAGUGGUGAAGGCAUCAGGCGUGCCGGUGGAGCAGGAGCUGCAGUUCACUGAUCGUUUGAUCGGGUCUAACUUCUCCAACUACUCCAGCUGGCACUAUCGCAGCACCCUGCUGCCCUUGCUGCACCCUCAAUCCCCCGAACCGCCUGCCAACUGCCCCCACCCCCCCAACAACUCACCGCCCAACUCCCCCCACACCCACUCCCAUCGCGUCUGUGAGGAACAGCUGCUCAAAGAGUACGAGCUGGUACAGAAUGCUUUCUUCACUGACCCCAAUGAUCAGAGUGCCUGGUUCUACUACCGCUGGCUUUUGGGAAGAGCGGAGCGUGAGGAGAUGAUCAGCUGUGUGUACAUGAGUCGUGAAGGAGAGCGAGUUGUGGUGGCAUUCUCCAGACCGGUUAAUGCUCAGACGGGGGGCCUGAUGUUGGUGCUGGACGGGCAGAUGCAGCGAGUCGAGUGGAGGAGUGCUCCGCCCUCAAUGAGACACACCCCGGUGUGGAUUUGUGAGCUUCCCCCGGGCACCAUCAGUGACAUCAACAACGAACACAACCUCACCGUGCAUUGGACCGAGAAGCACACACACAGAGAGUGUGCCCUCUACACUGGUCGAGCUGAGAGUUGGUGCAGGGACUCUGCCACGGACCAGGAGCUUUUCAGGAGCGAGCUGUCUGUGGGGAAGACCUCAGUGCUGCAGUCUGAGCUUACGUCCUGCAACCAGCUCAUGGAGCUGGAGCCAGAAAACAAAUGGUGCCUGUUGACCAUCAUCCUCCUGAUGAGAGCCCUGGACCCUCUGGGCCAUGAGAGGGAGACACAGGUCCACUUCCAGAAAUUAAAGGAGGUGGACUCCAUGCGCACCAGCUACUACAGUGACUUGUGCAGUAAGUUCAUGAUCGAGAACACCAUCCUCAAAAUGGAGUACGCCGAGGUCCGAGUCUUCAGCAUUUCUGAGAAGAACCUCACCACCCUGUGUCACCUGGACCAAUUGCUAUUGGUCACUCACAUGAACCUCUGCUCCAAUCAGCUCUCCCGGAUUCCACCACAGUUCUCAAUGCUGCAGUGCUUAGAGGUCCUUGAGGUUGAGGAUAAUCUCAUCGAGAGUUUGGAGGGCCUCUCCAAUCUGCCCAAGCUUGAGGAGUUGUCCCUGAAGAACAACAAAAUCUCUAAAAUCUCUCAGCUGAAGCCGCUGGCCUCCUGCUCCAAACUGAGCCGCCUUGACCUCCGCGGCAACCCCGUCACCAAGAUGGACAAUCUCCAGGCCGAGCUCGCAGAGCUGUUGCCAUCGGUUGCUGACCUCAUGAUCUAAUCAAAUCUUCACCUAACCAGACACUUCAUCUGUGUGUGUGUGUGUGUGCGUGUGUGUGUGGGAGUAUGUGUUCCUAUGUAUGUAUGUGUUUGUAUGUGUGUUUGUAUAUGUGUGUUUCGGGCGAUGAGCAUGCCAGCCUGUUUCUGACAGCAACAAUUUUGUUACAGGUGUCUGUUCAACCACUAUUUAUUCAACUUCCUCGUCUGAAGGCACUGUAACUGUUCUCACAAACAUUGGAUGUGUGUUUGCCCUGUCUGUCUCUGUAUGAGACGUCUCUUUGUGUGUGUGUGUGUGUGUGCGCGUGUGCGCGUGUGCGUGUGUGUUUGAUGGAUGUUGGUAUGUUGCUGCUAUAUAUACAGUAUGUUUUUGUUUACUAUAUUUUGGAGUCCAGCAAACCUAACUGCAUGUUCAGACAUAAUAUUAAAGUUAAAACUGCAUUCCUGCGUGUUUGCGUAGGUGCCAGUAUGUGCGCGUGCGUGCGUGCGCGUGUGUGUGUGUGUGUGUGUGUGUGUGUGUGUGUGUUUGUGCAUAGGGGUGCAUUCUCUCCUGCUGCAGUACUAACAUCCUCUGCUUCCUGUGUAAUUGUAAUGGAUACUAAGGCAGUAAAAGGACAAGGGUGAGAUGCUCUCACCUGCUGGUUUACGGUAUAUGUCAUAUUUAAGCACAGAUUGCUCAGUAUUGACCUAGAAGAGCCCACAUUGUCAAUAGUUGUAUUAGCCAAACAGUCUCUAUCUGAGUCAAAAACUUAACUUAAACAGCCUUAAGUUUCCCAAUUGAUGUUAUUGGGUUCUCCUCCGUUAUGCCAUGGUAGACAUUACCGUGUACGCCACCAUGGUUAGCUGUAAGACUCUUUGUAAAGGUGCUGUCAACUACCAAGUUUUCUGUCUCCUUGAGAAAAGAGAGAAAGAACUGUUAGUCUUUUCGUUUGCUUUUUAAUAUUUAAUGGUUAUGCUUUAUUGAUAGAUCAUAUGAAGUUCAUGUUGAAUAAAAAAACAGCACAUGUGCUGUCACUGCCUCUA